CAAAAAGGGAAUGAGACUUGUGUCUUUUCAACCAGAUUUAUCGGUCAAUUCCUCAAAUGCAAUCGAAUUCCAUCCUUUCUACUACUUGCGAUAUGUUCAAGGAAAUACUGUACGGUGAGCCUAAUCAUCCAAAUAAAAGUCGAAUCAAGUGUAGUUUAUGGCAUUCGAUGUCUAAGAAAAAUAUAUAGCUAUGUACAAAUGAUUUAUUUCUUGCUUUUUUCAGGAACCCUUCCCCUUCAUAAGCAGGCUAGUUUUAAGAAAUAGAGAUUUGACAAAUGGGUUUGUGAAGCAUUUCCCUAAAAAGUUAGCAUGAUCUUUCCAUCUUUGAAUUCUUUUUAUUUUCUAAAAUAUGAAUCGUUAAUUCCCGCUACAGAUUGUCUUCAGUGAGCUACCAAAUCUCCCAUAUUUCUCCAUCUACUAAACACCUUUACUUUAUAUAUUCUCCAACUGCUAUGAGGUAGGAGACAAACCACAUAAACUGGAAUUGAUUAAAAAGAAAAUUGCAUCUUUUUCGUAUUUAUGUUGAAUUCAUUCAGCCAUUGGCCGUACAAAUCAUGCUUUUCUGCGCGGUCGAGCUGGAGACGGUUCUUUAGUCAAAAUGUAGUCUCUAUCAGACCUUUAAGCCGAUCUUUUUUUUUAAAAAAGAAUAUUAAAUACAAUUCUGUACCUUUUUCAUCUCCAAGCUCACCUGAUCCUCAAAUUUUGAACUUUUUACAGAAGCGUAUUCAAACGGCUCCUCGCUUCCCCAAGCCAAGCGCUUUGCUGGAGCUUGGCAAACCAAGGUUAACGGUUUUGGUUGUCUUAACAACUAUGUCAUCUUAUGCCUUGGCUCCAUAUCCUGGUCUCUCGUUUGGUACUCUUGUGUGGUUAACCAUGGGCACUGCCCUUUGCAGUGUAAGUGCGAACGCGUUCAACCAAUGUAUGGAACCAACCCUUGAUUGUCAGAUGGCACGUACCCGAGGGCGUCCGAUUCCCCGUGGUGCUGUCCGUCCUGAAUAUGGUUGGUUAUUUGCUACUACCACCGGAAUUUUGGGCACUUCCAUGUCUUUUCUAGUAAACCCCGUUGUUGGUUGGUUAGGUUUGACCAAUAUAGUACUAUAUAUGGGAUUUUAUACCCCCAUAAAGCGUAUCUCAAUUAUCAAUACAUGGGUCGGAUCAAUUGUAGGUGCGAUGCCUCCUUUAAUGGGAUGGGCUGCCUGUUCUGGAGGUGAUCUUUCCCAUUCUGGUGCAUUCUUUACAGCCGCUAUUCUCUACGCUUGGCAAUUUCCGCACUUCAAUGCUUUUUCGACUAUGGUUGCUGAUGAUUAUAAGCAGUGUGGCUACCAAAUGGCAUCAUGGAAGAGGCCUGCUUUGAAUGCUCGAGUUGCUCUACGUUAUUCUUUGCUCUUCCUUCCUUUAUGCUAUGGUUUCGUCUGGUCUGGAAUUGUCAAUCCUUCGUAUAUGGUUGGUGCUUCAGCCGCCAAUUUUUAUUUGAUCGCAAAAGCCUGGCAAUUUUACAGAAAUCCUCAGAAAACAAAUGCUCGUUCAUUAUUCUUUGCAAGUCUACUACAUCUACCUUUAAUUUUUAUCUUGACUUUAGCAAGCCACAUGUUUAAAGUUUGGAAAGACGCUGAAAAUUUAGAACCGGAGAACCCAUCAUCUGGUGAUUAAAUCACCACUCUUUUUCGUCUAUGAAUUAAAAAGAAAGCUAUAAUGUUGUAUAUUCCCCACUUGCUUCCCACUAUACAGUAAUAUAUUUACUUAAAUUAGCAUGCUCGCUCAUAUGUGGCUAGUGUUUUAUUUUUUUUUGUAUACAUGUAAAGUAUUUUGUUUCAAGGUAGACGAAAUGACCGAAACUGGUUGUACAGAAUGACA